UUUUAUGUUCCCAUUGCAAAGGUAAAACCAAUUUUAUGAAUGGCUUGCACUAUCAUCCCAUUUCGUCUAUUCACUCCCUCCGCUUCCUAUCUUGCGUUCCCAACCAACAGGAUUAGGGUUACACUUACACAUACCCAUUUACACGCGCCUUCUAUCUUCAACCGCCCGAGUGGACUCAGCUCUAACUCAAUGAGUCAACCCAACGCUAUUGCCACGACGAAUGACGCGCCGUCGCAGCCUCAGAACGCGGAUGUUCUGGUGCAGUACGUGGUGCUCCGCCGUGACCUGAUCGACACGUGGCCGCUUGGGAGCGUGGUCACUCAAGGUUGCCACGCUUCUGUUUCCGCCAUUUGGUCCAACAAAGACGAUCCUUUCACCGUCGAUUAUUGCAGCCCCGAUAAAAUUGAUUCCAUGCAUAAAGUAGAAGAUAGAUGAAGAUUCACCUUGGCCUAUGCUUGUUUCCCUCUGGCUUCACCAAAUUAUUUGAUUUUGUCUCAAUUAGAUUUUGGAGUAUGUGUAGAGAAGCGUCUGAAUAUAAUUUUAUGAAUCAUGUGAAAUCAAGCUAUUUCUUGCACACCCUCUUUAAUUUUUGAGGGCGAUUCGAAAGCCUUUUGCUUCAUUAUAGAAUUUUAUUUUAUUUUAUUGAACAUGAGUGAGCUGUGCUCUCUUUUCCUUCUCUGUCUCGCUAGUAUCAUAACAUAACAUUAGGAAAGAAAAAAAACCCAACGAAUUAACUGCCAAUUUUGGGUUUAGGGUUCUAUUCAUGAUGAUUGAGAUUUGUUCUCUUCAUGGUUAAAUUUAGUGUUAUUUGCUUGAGGUUUGUCAAAUAAUUGCUUUUGAAAUAAUAAUUUAACGGCUUUGUUGUAUUUUUAGUAUUUUUUAGUGAUACUUUGGGGUUCUACCCAAAAUAUCAUCCUUUAAAUUUACAUGAUUUUAUGCUGGAUUGUGCAAUAUCCUGAUUCUCUUGCGCAUUGUGAUCUGGGAUAUUUUCAAUAUAUCAUUCUGGAAUACAGAAUUCAUUGAGGUCUGAUAAUAUAUUAAAGUUGAGAGUACAAAUACGCACCUAACAUUGCUGAAGUGUGGUAAUUGGCAAAUAUUUUUAGAAUUUCAUACUUCGUUCUUCAACAUUUAUAUGUUCAAUUGGCUAUUGAUGUUUGUGGAUAGCAAUUGUGGUUGCUAUAGAUUGUGCCAUUUGACAUCAGUUACCUAGUUUAAUUUUAUACACUUAACUAUGUUGUACUUCCUCUGUUUACUUGUGUUAGAACAUUUUAAGAAGCUUUUCUUGGUUCUUUUCAUAGACUUCUUCCAAAUUGUUUACUGCAUUAAUUUUUUUGCAAAAGUAUCCUUAACUGGAGAUGCAUUAAUUAGUUAUAUUAAAAGAGAUUAGGAAAAGGAAAUCCCAAUAAUUUAAGGGUAAUUUUGAAAGAAAAAAAAACAUAUUUGACAAAUUUAAUACGACUAGCUAAAUUUCUUAGUUCUUGUGGGGGUUUUAUGUACCGUACCAGAAGCAGUAGUAUCUAUCUGUGCAUAUGUUGUUUCUGUUCUGGGCUAUAUAGAUCUGAUUGCUUUGUACUAAAGCUGAGUAUGUGGUUUAUGCGUUAAAUGGCUGUUGAA